GUCAACUUGAUCAUCAAUUUUGUACUUUUACUUUUGUUUCCAUCUUGUGUUUCAUACCAGCGAUUGAAAAAAACACGGAUUGUGAUUCCAAAGCCUUUCUUCAUCGUACAAACAUCUUCGAAGUUCAUUUGACUGUGAAUAUUUUGGAGCCUUUAAGUUUUACAUCAAUUUCAUUACCAAUCUCGUAGUUAUCUUUCGGAUCAACUUUUAACCAAUCUUCAUCAUGAGUCCAAAAAGUGGUAUAUUCUCUAUGAGGCUUUGUCUUCUUCUUGUGCUUGUUUCCUUUCUAAUUGUUCAAAAUGCUGAUCAAUCUUUUGGAAUGAAAAAGAAAAUGAUUAAGAAAUUGAAAAAAGUUCUUCCACUUUUACUUGCAAUCAAGCCAAAAAAGAAGCUCCUCAUUUUACCUUUACCAUUCCCAAUGAUGAUGAAGGGAAGUAAAUUUGGUGGCAGUGGCGGCGGAGGAAUGUCCUGGGGAAGUGGAAUGAGCAGCGGCAUGCCUUCAAUGAGCGGUUUGAGCGGAAUGAGCUAUAUGCCUGUACAACAAAUAGCAAUGCCUUCUUACGGAGGAAUGGACAAUAGCUGGAUGAUGAUGUCCUCGAUGGACUGUAAUUCAAACGAUUUCUAUGGCAUGGGUGGUGCCAACUCUGGUUAUACAUCUGGUGGAUACAGUUCAGGUAAACAAGUCCAUGGUGGUGGUACUGGUGGCUAUGUUGGAGCAAUCAGUAGUGGUAAUAGUGCCGGUGGUGGAGGCUGGAAUGAUGGCUCCAGUGGAAACAAUUACAAAGAAAAUUAUUCAUCAGGCGGUGGAUCCAAUUACCAUCAGGGAUCUUCUGGUGAUUCCUGGAACAACAACAAUGUUCAAAGACCCAUUAGUGGCUAUUAAAGAUAAAAUAUUUUAACAAUUAAUGUUAUCAUUAGCUAAAAAAUCAUAACUCACCAUUUAAUCAAACCAUUAUAAUCAUUUAGAAACAUCUUAAGUCUUUACCAUUCUCAUUAUGUCAUAUGUUUCAACACAAACUCCUUUUGUCCCAGUCUAUUGUCUUAUAAGCCUUUCUCAUCACCAAUUAAUCAACCACUCUCCCAACUAAAACUCGCCAAUUUUAAAUCAAAUAAUUUUGUCCAAGCAAAAUAAUCGAUUGUUUCUUGUUGUGUUUAUCUUUGUUUACCUCGUUCUCAUUAGUCUUUGUCAAAAUUAAUUUUACUCACAAAAAUUGGUAUCAGUGGCCAUAAAACAGUUACUUACAAGUCAAAAAGAAGCCAUCUUCAUUUGAUAUCACCAAUGAUUCAAUAAUCAUUAAUCAUUUCUCCCUAUCUGUAAAUGUAAUUUAAUAAUCAUAACAUAAAUUUUAUUUUAUUUAUCCAUAUUUUAAUAAAAAAUUGAAACAAUUGAAAAAGUCCCACUCCAAUGCUUAUUGACGAGAAGUUUUUGUUUAUCAAAUCACGAUAACAUAAAA